AUGAAUGUGAGUCCUUCACCCUGUCACUCUUUCAGGGCAACCUCUUACAAGCUCCGCCAGGUUAUUGAAUGGGCAUUUGGAAAGCGCAUGACACCGGCUGAACGUUUGCGAAAGCACCAAAGAGCCCUGGAAAAGACACAGCGUGAGCUUGACCGGGAGCGAGUAAAGCUGGAGAACCAGGAAAAGAAGCUGGUUCAGGACAUUAAGAAGAGCGCGAAGAAUGGACAGAUUGGUGCUUGCAAGAUUCAGGCCAAAGAUCUUGUAAGGACACGAAGAUAUAUUGGCAAGUUCUACUCAAUGAGGACCCAACUGCAGGCUAUCUCUCUACGAAUACAGGUGAGGUCAACUGCUUUGGGCUUUAUCCCAACCAGAAGAAGGCUGAAGACUUUCCCGCAGACUGUGCGCAGCAAUGAACAGAUGAUGCAGUCAAUGAAAGGAGCUACAUCUUUAUUGGGCAGCAUGAAUCGACAAAUGAACCUUCCAGCGUUGCAGCGAAUAGCAAUGGAAUUUGAAAGGGAGAACGAUAUCAUGGACCAACGCCAAGAGAUGAUGGAUGAUGCUAUCGAUGACGUGACGGGCCUCGAGGAUGAAGAAGAAGGCGAGGAAGUGGUCAACCAAGUCCUUGAUGAGAUUGGAGUCGAUCUUAAUCAGGCAGUAAGUCCAGGAUUCGAGCAAGACAACUGUCCUAGUCUAACAAGAGCUUCCAGCUUGGCGAAACACCUUCUGGCCUUCAGAAGAAUACCGUCAGCGAAGGACGCGUGGCGCAAGCUAUCGGAGCUGGAGGUGGUGCUGGAGGUGGAGAAGACGAUGAUUUGCAAGCUAGACUGGAUAGCCUGCGGCGGUAGCAGCGUUCCUUGUGCUAGCCUGGAUUUGUCUCCUGUUAGUAAAAGCGACGAGCUUCACAGCCCAGGAGGCGACAGUAAGAAGCGAAGGAGUAGCAGCGCAAAGGCCGCCGCAUUUCUCAAUAGUGCAAAGAACACGUUACUUGGCAACGACAGAGAGGGCCUGCUCACUCCAAUGCAGAAGCUAGGCAAGACUGACGCUGCGUUGAUCGUGCCACAAGGCUCCUUGAACAACUCAGCUGGAGAAUCGCAUCAGACACCCAACUCAUCAUUUACAGUUGGAGUUACGGAGGACAAAAACAAAAAAUGUCGUCGAACAAUGGAAGAUACGCAUUCGUACCUUUACAAUUUCCUUGGUACCCCUGCACCCGUGUUGCCAUCUGAUGUGUCACUGACAAGCAAGCCGACGGGAGAGGUCAAAGAUACAAUGACCGACGGAGUAUCAGAUAGCUCGCAACACGCAGUAGAAACAGACAAUGGCUACUUUGCAAUAUUUGAUGGGCAUGCGGGGACUUUUGCAGCUGAAUGGUGCGGUAAGAAGCUUCACAUAAUAUUGGAGGACUUGAUGAGGAAACAUCCCAACACUCCUGUUCCCGAGUUGCUCGACCAAACUUUCACCUCUGCAGACCAACAGCUGGAGAGCUUGCCACUCAAGAACAGUGGCUGCACGGCUAUCACUGCUGUGCUGCGCUGGGAAGACCGUGUGCCAAAUUCCCAGUCAGCAACCGGCUCUACGGCUAUUGCACCAGCCGCUGCCUCGGCUGUUAAGCAGUCAGAUGCUGAAGAUGUAGAUGCACCUACGCGAGCAGCGCCUUCAAGACCCAGCACGGACAAGGCAUCGCAGGUCGUUCAUAAGAUUCAAGAGACAGCUUCUAGACAGCGAGUCUUGUAUACAGCAAAUGUUGGGGAUGCACGUAUCGUCCUAUGUCGUAAUGGCAAGGCGCUGAGAUUGUCGUAUGACCACAAGGGAAGCGAUGAAAACGAGGGACGGAGGAUCUCUAAUGCUGGAGGUCUCAUCCUUAACAAUCGUGUGAACGGAGUGCUUGCUGUCACUAGAGCGUUGGGAGACUCAUAUCUAAAGGAUCUGGUUACCGGACAUCCUUACACUACGGAAACGGUCAUCCAGCCCGAUAUUGACGAAUUUCUUAUACUUGCUUGCGAUGGGCUCUGGGAUGUCUGCUCAGACCAAGAAGCUGUUGAUCUUAUCCGCAAAAUUCCCUCCCCUCAAGCUGCUUCGAAGGCACUCGUAGAUCAUGCGCUUUCACGAUUUUCCACGGAUAAUUUGUCGGUUAUGGUCGUACGGUUUGAUUCCAAGAAACUGCAAUCCAACACGUCUUCGAAUAUUGGUGUGGAAAGAGAUGACAGCACGGCGAACGGUCCUAGCGAAGUUGAAACGAUUGUCAAUGACGCCAAACGGAGAUCGGGCAUUGACGAUGAAGCCGUAGUCCAAGAUGAAAGCGAGUCCGAGGAGUUGAAGGCCAAGGUCAUGAAGCAGAUCGAAGAGGAAGAUCCUGAACCUGGUCCUGAACUGGCUCCGGAGGGCCAGUCAGACGCUGAAAAGGUCUACGUGGAGAGGUCGAAAGGGCCUACAUCAAACAAGUAA